AUGGACAAGGAGAAGAGCGAAAUGAACGCGGACUUGAAAUAUUUGACUGGAUCAGUUGUGGAAGGCAGUGUUUUGCAGGGUGAUGAAGCUUUUAGCAAUGUACAAGGGGAGCUGAAUUCGGAUGAAUCCAGUGAUGUGGAGGAGCCAGAGGAUGAAACAAACACUGCCUAUCUGCCUACAAGUGGACAAUCCAGUAAGUCUUCACGUUGA